AUGUCAAGGAUCCGCUCUAUAGCCCCGGCAGACGCCGUCGCAGCUGCGACCGAUGAUGGCAAAACGCACCUACUUCUAGCUGCGAGUGGCUCAGUAGCCACCAUCAAGCUCCCAAACAUAAUCGGCGCCCUCUCAAAACACCGGAAUCUCUCCAUCAGGGUGAUUCUUACCACCUCUGCCACCCAUUUCUUGAAUGGGCAUUCCCCAGAACAACCCACAAUCGAAUCACUCUCCACCCUACCCAACGUCGACGGCGUCUACCUUGACCUGGAUGAGGAAGCCGAGAGUUGGGUUCGCGGCGCGGGCAUCCUGCACAUCAACCUGCGCAAGUGGGCGCAUAUCUUAGUGAUUGCACCGCUGAGCGCAAAUACGCUGGCGAAAAUUGUCAACGGUAUGUCAGAUAACCUAUUGACGAAUACAAUUCGGGCGUGGGAUACGUCGGGGCAGCUGGAUGGGAUGAAGAAGCGGAUUGUGGUGUUUCCGGCCAUGAAUGUCGCAAUGUGGUUGCAUCCGGUUACGACGCAGCAGAUAAGGGUUUUGGAGGAGGAUUGGGGGGUAAGAGAUGGGGAGAAUGGGGAGAAGCAUGGCCAGGGCUGGUUUGAGGUCUAUAGGCCUAUUGGGAAAAUGCUCGCCUGCGGAGACAUCGGAAUCGGAGGGAUGCGAGAAUGGACUGAGGUUGUUUCCAUUAUUGAAGAAAGAUUGAGACUUACUGGUUAA